AGUAUCCCCAGUUUAACAAGCAUCUCCAGUUUAACAAGUAUCCCCAGUUUAACAAGCAUCCCCAGUUUAACAAGUACAUGUAUCCCCAGUUUAACAAACAUCCCCAGUUUAACAAACAUCUCCAGUUUAACAAACAUCUCCAGUUUAACAAGUACAUGUAUCCCCAGUUUAACAAACAUCCCCAGUUUAACAAGUAUCCCCAGUUUAACAAACAUCUCCAGUUUAACAAACAUCUCCAGUUUAACAAACAUCUCCAGUUUAACAAACAUCUCCAGUUUAACAAACAUCUCCAGUUUAACAAACAUCUCCAGUUUAACAAACAUCUCCAGUUUAACAAACAUCUCCAGUUUAACAAACAUCCCCAGUUUAACAAGUAUCCCCAGUUUAACAAACAUCUCCAGUUUAACAAACAUCUCCAGUUUAACAAACAUCUCCAGUUUAACAAGUAUCCCCAGUUUAACAAGUACAAGUAUCCCCAGUUUAACAAGCAUCCCCAGUUUAACAAGUACAUGUAUCCCCAGUUUAACAAACAUCUCCAGUUUAACAAACAUCUCCAGUUUAACAAACAUCUCCAGUUUAACAAGUACAUGUAUCCCCAGUUUAACAAACAUCCCCAGUUUAACAAGUAUCCCCAGUUUAACAAACAUCUCCAGUUUAACAAACAUCUCCAGUUUAACAAACAUCUCCAGUUUAACAAACAUCUCCAGUUUAACAAACAUCUCCAGUUUAACAAACAUCUCCAGUUUAACAAACAUCUCCAGUUUAACAAACAUCUCCAGUUUAACAAACAUCCCCAGUUUAACAAGUAUCCCCAGUUUAACAAACAUCUCCAGUUUAACAAACAUCUCCAGUUUAACAAACAUCUCCAGUUUAACAAGUAUCCCCAGUUUAACAAACAUCUCCAGUUUAACAAGUACAUGUAUCCCCAGUUUAACAAGUACAUGUAUCCCCAGUUUAACAAGUAUCCCCAGUUUAACAAACAUCUCCAGUUUAACAAGUAUCCCCAGUUUAACAAACAUCUCCAGUUUAACAAGUACAUGUAUCCCCAGUUUAACAAGUACAUGUAUCCCCAGUUUAACAAGUAUCCCCAGUUUAACAAACAUCUCCAGUUUAACAAGUACAUGUAUCCCCAGUUUAACAAGUAUCCCCAGUUUAACAAACAUCCCCAGUUUAAUAAGUAUCCCCAGUUUAACAAACAUCUCCAGUUUAACAAACAUCUCCAGUUUAACAAGUAUCCCCAGUUUAACAAACAUCCCCAGUUUAACAAGUAUCCCCAGUUUAACAAGCAUCUCCAGUUUAACAAGUAUCCCCAGUUUAACAAACAUCCCCAGUUUAACAAGUAUCCCCAGUUUAACAAGCAUCCCCAGUUUAACAAGUAUCCCCAGUUUAACAAACAUCCCCAGUUUAACAAGCAUCUCCAGUUUAACAAGCAUCUCCAGUUUAACAAACAUCUCCAUUUUAAUAAUUAUAUAAGUAUCCCCAGUUUAACAAGCAUCCCCAGUUUAACAAGCAUCCCCAGUUUAACAAGUACAUGUAUCCCCAGUUUAACAAACAUCUCCAGUUUAACAAGUAUCCCCAGUUUAACAAGCAUCUCCAGUUUAACAAGUAUCCCCAGUUUAACAAGUACCUCCAGUUUAACAAGUAUCCCCAGUUUAACAAGCAUCCCCAGUUUAACAAGCAUCUCCAGUUUAACAAACAUCUCCAGUUUAACAAGUAUCUCCAGUUUAACAAACAUCCCCAGUUUAACAAACAUCUCCAGUUUAACAAGUAUCCCCAGUUUAACAAGUAUCUCCAGUUUAACAAGUAUCCCCAGUUUAACAAGUAUCCCCAGUUUAACAAGCAUCUCCAGUUUAACAAACAUCUCCAGUUUAACAAGUAUCUCCAGUUUAACAAACAUCUCCAGUUUAACAAGUAUCUCCAGUUUAACAAGUAUCCCCAGUUUAACAAGUAUCUCCAGUUUAACAAGUAUCCCCAGUUUAACAAGUAUCCCCAGUUUAACAAGCAUCUCCAGUUUAACAAGUAUCCCCAGUUUAACAAGUAUCCCCAGUUUAACAAGCAUCUCCAGUUUAACAAACAUCUCAAGUUUAACAAACAUCUCAAGUUACUCCAGUUAACAAGACUUUGAUAUACACAUGUACAGAGCUAAAGUAUCUGGCUAACCAAAUUUACAGAUUAAACUAACCAUCUGGUUAAGUAGGGGGCCACGGUGGCCGAGUGGUUAAGGUGUCCCGACACUUUAUCACUAGCCCUCCACCUCUGGGUUGCGAGUUCGAAACCUACGUGGGGCAGUUACCAGGUA